AAGAUUAUUAAUUUAGACAGCAAAUGUCAAAAUUUGACAAUUUGCGUUUGGUUUUAUUUCGUGGAUAAUUUAAUUACAAAGCCGUGUUACAGGUUGUGACAACAAAUCACUUAAUCUUCCCCAUAUAUAGUUGGUCGGGCACCCGUCUCUGCCAGAACUCAUCGCAUCAUCUAACUGGGACAAGUAGCAUUACAGAGGUUUGUGAUUGUUCAGAGAUUUAAAAGACUAUUCAGUUUAACGAUUAUGAGUAUGAAGCAGAUAAAUACCAAUUGGAAGCGCGUGAUUGUGGCCUUUGUAAUUGUGAUUACCAUCAUUGGCUUACAUAGUUCGUUACGGUUCCAAACGGAUGUUUCUAUUAACACAACAACAAAUAUGGAAAUGGUUUCAAACAGAGAAUCAACGCACGGAGAAAGCAGUAAAACUUCAUCGUUGGAGAACCCCUCUUGCCGUUUAGAUCCCAUCGUGAUCAGACCUGAAAGCAUUACCCUAAAGAUGCCACCUGAGCUUGAAAAAGUGGUUCCACUGUGGCCAAAUACAAGAGCAGAUAAAUGUAUUGGAAAUAUCAAAGCGAAACCAAUGAGAAAACUUUCGUCAAACAAUUACCACAGUCUCUACAAAUGUGUUGAAAGAAACAAACAAAUGCGAGCUAUGAGAGACAACUCUUUUAAAACACUGGAUCGCGCAAUAACCCAUGCAUAUUUUAAAGACCUGAAAAAGAAACAGGGGGUUACCAUCAUCGAAAUUGGAGGUUACCUGGGUGUGUUGCUACCAAAGCUGGUGGCAACAACAGGAACGAAACAGUAUGUCGCUCUAGAGCCGGUUCCUAGCUUCUAUCAACAGUUAUCCAAAAGGAUCGAAGACCUCUCACUCCAAUCAAGAGUUACUACCUACAAUUUCGGUCUAGCUAAAUCUAAGAAGGAACUCCAAAUAAGUUUACGCAAAGACGCAACUUCUCUGCUGAAAGACGACAAAAGAGAAGGGGUUCAAACGGAAACUAUCAAGAUAUUCAAUGUGGUUGACUUCUUCGUACAGAUUGGUUUAGGGUGUAAUUCAUUGAACCUACUGACUAUUAAUUGUGAAGGAUGCGAAUUUGACGUCAUAGAAAUACUGACGUCAACAUCGCUGAUUGAUAACAUUGACUUCGUACAGUUUCAGCCCCAUUUAAUUGUGUUCGAUGACGAUCAAAAAUAUAUCUGUAUGUACUGUCGUAUAAGGGAACUCCUUGCCAGGACACACGAAAUAGCUUACGAUUAUCCGCACGUCUGGGAAACAUGGAAGAGAAAAGGAAUUCAAUAAAUAUGUGCGUUUAUUGUUCAUUUUUUUUUAGUUUUUAAUUUAUAUACGUUAUUGGCAUGUACAAUUAAACCGUGUAAAGAAUA